ACCGAAAGAGAACGGUUUUCGUGAGUCAAGUGUGUUUCAGCAUUCACAAACUCAAUCAAUCACCAACUCCAUUUCAAAUCGCAAAUCUUCUACUGUUAAUCAAUCAGAGCUGAGAUACCAUAGCGAGCGAACCAGUGAUCGAGAGAGAGCUGUGAAGUUUGCUGCAUGCGAAGACCAAGAACCAUGAGACCAAACAUCGUUUCUGAGGCAGGGGUGUCUACUAGGGUGAAUCAAUGGUGGGAAAGCAUUCCAUUCCUCACUUCUGCAGUGGUGGUUGUGUGUGGAGCAAUUUACUUGGUCUGUCUUUUGGUUGGAUAUGAUUCCUUUGCUGAGAUAUGCUUCUUGCCUUCUGCUGUUGUGUCACGCUUUCAAGUUUACAGGAUUUAUACUGCCAUUCUUUUCCACGGUUCACUGCUUCAUGUUCUCUUCAACAUGAUGGCUUUAGUUCCCUUGGGCUCUGAGCUCGAGAGGAUUAUGGGCUCAGUUCGCUUGCUAUAUGUCACUAUUUUGUUGGCUACAAGCAAUGCUAUAUUCCAUGUUCUCAUAGCGCUGCUGGUGACAUACAAUCCUUUUGUUAAAUUUGAUUACCUCAUGAAUGAGUGUGCGAUUGGUUUCUCAGGAGUUCUAUUUUCCAUGAUUGUUAUAGAGACUAGCCUGAGUGGAGUUCAAUCCAGGAGUGUGUUUGGGUUGUUUAAUGUGCCUGCCAAGUGGUAUGCAUUCUUUUUGUUGGUUGUAUUCCAGCUUCUCAUGCAAAAUGUCUCACUACUUGGACACCUUUGUGGCAUUUUAUCUGGGUUUGCAUAUACAUAUGGCUUGUUUAAUUUCCUCAUACCUGGGACAUCUUUUUAUUCUUCCAUUGAAGCCUCUUCCUUGCUUUCAUCAUGUGUAAGACGGCCUAAAUUUAUUGUUUGCACUGGUGGAAAUCCUUCUGGUUACAUCCCUACACAUACUAGCCAAAAUUCAACAACCAGUGGAUUACUCUCUGGAAAUAUUUGGAGGAACCUAUCAUCAUUGAUGCCUCAAAGGGAAGUGUCUGCUCAGUCAGCUGAGGACAGCAGGUUCCCUGGUGCGGGAAGGACCCUCGGUUCUAGUCAAGGUCAAAUGGCUUCUGGUAUUCAGUCAAAUUCAAAUCUUCAAGCUAGACUCUUGGAGGAUAGCAGUCCAAAUCAGCCUUCAGAAGGAAGGCAUGCAGUUGAUAAUGCUGCUACAGCAGCUGCAGGUGUUCCACAUCAUCAGGCUGCAGUUGUUUCAGAGGAAGAGAUUAAAAAGCUUGUAGCAAUGGGCUUUGAUAGGACGCAGGUGGAAGUGGCACUGGCGGCUGCUGAUGGUGAUCUUAACGUGGCAGUGGAAAUACUCAUGAGCCAGCAGGGUUGAAACAUGAAAGCUUCUCUUGAAAAAUUCUCUGCGCUUUGUUCAAUCACUGUCUGUGUUUCAUCUUGCACCAUACCCCUAACAGUUCGCAGACACCAAAAAGCCAUGCUAAUGCAAGUGAGCUGAAUUGAACAUAUAAACCAUAACAACUUUGAAUAUGAUGUUUAACUGAAGAAAUUCUGGUAGAGAAGGUUAUAGCCAAAUUGGGAGCAUUUUUCUGUUCCUCUUCAAUUUGUUUAUAUGUAAACUAUAUAGAGUAGGACCUUUAAUUCCAGGUAAGGUACAUAAGACAUUAGAUUCAUUUUCUUCAUCAUUAGAACGCGUGCCGCUUGCUGAAAGACAAAGCACAUGGGUUACAAGUUAGUACAACUUAAAAGUUGCCUAUGGACUAGAUUUUUUUUUGGAUACAUCGGAAGAUUAUGGACUAGAAUUUAUGAAUAAAGAUGAUUUAUUUUAUGGGAAAAGUAAAA